CUCUUUGAAGAUGUGUAUAUUUUGGACUGCCGCUCCUGGAAAAGACAUUUCUCCAAUGAGCACUUGGUAGCGUGCAUUUCAUCAGAGCAGGGCUAAGAGCAGGCAGAUGUGCCUGCUUGACUUUUACACAUUAGAUUAAAAAUAAGCCUCAGGAGCUGGAAGGACUCUGUUCCCUGGACAGGGCAGCGUCUGCGUUUGAAGACAGUUCAGUGAAUGAAGCCACAGCUGGGAGGGUCUGGAGUUUUUUUUUUUAAUUUUGUUAGUCUCCUGGUGUUAUUCAUACCCCGACUGGGCAGAAUCCCCGGGUCGCUGGAACGUGAGCCUGCCCUGCUGCCACGGGCGCUCAUCGCCCUCGCUCGCACUCCCCAAGUGGCAGCAGAAAGGAGUAAACAGAGCUGCGUCCUCUGAACAGAGUGUUCUGGCAGCCCCCCCAUGGUAGGGAGAACCAGCAGGCAAGCGCUGCAGUGCUGUUUACCCUGAAGGAGUGAGUGUGUGUGCUGGAAAGCGCUGACCACUCUAAUGGAUCGCAUGGAGCUGCAAAAAGUCAACAUCGAGCUCGACGAUCAGAGCAACAGCGGGGAAAGCCUCGAAGACAACUACACGGAGCUGGUUGAUUCAGAAAAGGCUGCAAUUAGUAGUCCAUUUGCUAGUGAUGAUGCAGAAAGUCAGAAGUUCCUUACAAAUGGAUAUCUGGGUAAAAAGAAAUUGGAAGACUAUAAUGAAGAAUAUCACCGGGGCAGAGCUUCCUUUGGCAUGUCUUCGUUCAACCUCAGCAAUGCCAUUAUGGGCAGUGGCAUCUUAGGGCUGUCUUAUGCCAUGGCCAACACAGGAAUUAUCCUUUUUGUAAUUCUGCUGCUCUGUGUAGCAAUACUGUCACUCUACUCCAUCCACCUCUUACUGAAGACAUCAAAAGAAGGAGGCUCAUUAAUAUAUGAAAAACUGGGGGAAAAGGCAUUUGGAUGGCCUGGGAAGUGUGGUGUUUUCAUUUCGGUUACAAUGCAGAAUAUUGGAGCAAUGUCAAGCUACCUCUUUAUUAUUAAAUAUGAACUUCCUGAAGUGAUCAGAGCAUUUAUGAAACUCGAGGAGAAUUCUGGAGAAUGGUACCUAAAUGGGAACUACCUCGUUAUACUUGUAACAGUUGGGGUUAUUCUUCCCCUCUCCCUUCUAAAAACCUUAGGUUAUCUUGGUUAUACGAGUGGUUUUUCGCUGACCUGUAUGGUUUUCUUUGUCAGUGUGGUAAUCUUCAAGAAAUCCCAAAUACCUUGUCCUCUCCCCAUCAUGGCGCACGGGGUUGAAAACUGGACAGCCACCAAUCACACAGUGCCGAUGCACCUGAUCAUGUUACCAAAUGAGUCAUUCAGCUCUGGUGUGAAUUUCAUGAUGGACAACACAGCUGGGCACAUGCCAGGCCUUGAGGAGCCAAGAGAUACCUCCCCCAGAAGUGGUGUAGAAUAUGAAGCACACAGCGACAGUAACGACUUGUGUCAGCCCAAAUACUUUGUCUUCAACUCACGGACUGCCUAUGCAAUACCCAUCCUGGCAUUUGCAUUCGUAUGCCACCCUGAGGUGCUACCAAUAUACAGUGAACUGAAAGAUCGCUCCCGAAAGCGGAUGCAGAAUGUCUCAAACAUCUCCAUCACCGGCAUGCUCAUCAUGUAUCUUCUGGCUGGUCUCUUUGGAUAUCUUACCUUCUAUGGAGAAGUUGAAGAUGAGCUACUUCAUACGUACACCAAGGUGUACACCUUCGACACCCUCCUUCUGUCUGUUCGCCUCGCAGUGCUGGUGGCUGUCACCCUGACUGUGCCCCUUGUCCUUUUCCCUAUCCGUUCAUCUAUCAGUGCAUUGCUGUUUCCCAAAAGGCCAUUCAGCUGGAUAAGACAUUUUCUGAUUGCAGCAGUAAUUCUUGCUUUUAAUAACCUGCUGGUGAUUUUCGUCCCAACUAUUAAAGACAUCUUUGGAUUUAUCGGUGCUUCUUCUGCCACCAUGCUGAUUUUCAUCCUCCCCUCAGCCUUCUACCUGCGGCUCGUUAAGAAGGAGUCCCUGAGCUCUCCCCAGAAGAUUGGGGCUCUAAUUUUUCUUAUAGUUGGCAUAAUCUUCAUGAUUGUGAGUAUGACUCUCAUUGUAAUGGACUGGAUUUACAACCCCCCAAGUUCCAGACAUCACUAACCUGUGGAGACAACCAAGUGCUUUUUAUACCCUCAAUGUUUUUAUUGUGUGCUCCAAAGGACACCUGAAUGGGACUGUUAUUCCUAGCUAGUAACUGCAAUAUUCUGAAGACAGUUUCUGGUAAGGUCACUAGAACCCAAUGGAGUCUGCGUCAUCCUUGUCACUAAGGACUUAUUUAUGCAUUAGGAACCUGAGCUUAGCAUUUCUGGCCAGGUUAAAUGAAAUGUGUGGUGUGGAUGCUUUCUAUUUUCAAAACCCAAAUAAGAGUAACUGUGUAUAUAGUCCUCAACAGUAGUUUGGUCCCGCUCUUUUUGACCUCUCCCGUUACAUUAAUAACCACAGUUCCUAGAGCACUGAAAAGGCAAUUAGCCAGAAAACCAGCUGGUGCCUUGUUUUGUACCCAAAGCACAUAGGAGCAGCUGCCCAGCUCCAAGAUAAAGGGUACCGUUUCUGUAGGGGAUCAGAAAGGUGACUGCUCUCCACUGAUCAGUCUAUCUGAAAGGUGACAGCUUUGGCACAGCUUGCCAAAGCACCGUGGAAAAAGCUGAGCAUCAGAUAUGUUGCCCAAAUUUGUCACCCUCAGCACGUGAUGGCUGCACGUGAUGAUAAAGUUCUCUUGCACAGGAGCCCCUGUGCUGGGGCAAGUGCUUGAAGAACAGCUGAGCAUUUGUGUUUUGCCGUGAAAGACGCCUGUGUUGGAAACGUCAGGCACUUCUGGAGUGGAUUUUUUGGUUUUCUUUAAUAUUUUUUUUUAUUCUUGUGUGAGAUUGCAUCACUGAACAAGUUGAAUCGUCCAUAGAAACUUGUCUUCCAUUCUCACAGGAAUUUAAGGAGACCACAAGGUGUGGCAAAGCACCCUAUCCAGUAUUGUUCAGUACUUGUCUAUUUGAUAAACGUUCAGUGCAGGAAACUGUAAUUUGCUAUAUAUAUAAAUAUGUGUAUUUAUGUAUAUAAUCCUUUGUUUUCCUCCAGUUAUAAAAAUGUUACCCUAUGGUACAUGAUUUUUGAUUUUUUUUACACAUCACUGUUUUCAUAGCCACACAUUUAAUAUCAUUUUGAAGAAAACAUUCUAGAUUGGUGGGUUUGUAAAAGGUUCGGCUUUAUUCAGUUGUGUUUGAAAUAUACCUGUUGCAAACCCCAGCCAUUACCUGUGUAAAAACAAAUUCAGAUGUUUACUACUUAUGUUACAAUAAAUUGCAAGAUGUUUUCCUCCUGA